GCGACGAGCCGCCCCUCGUUGCCAUGGUGAAGCGUAAACAAAACAAGAGCUGUCAGUGGCGAAGAGCGGCGCGGCACGAGACGAGCAGCGAUCCCGGCGCGAUGGCCCACGUGCGCACGUACAGCCCCGCGGUCCGCGUGGGCAACUGGUGCGAGGACGUCUUCAUGGAGGAGGAAAUGCUGAAGGACUUCCUGGACAAGAGGAACCGAGGAGAGCUGACUAUGCAGAAAACCGAUUUCGUCAAAGAGAAUGUUCUCAGGAAGGUCGACCUUUCAGUGACAACAGACGGAUGGUUGCGCUUUGGGGACGUGGUCAUGCUGGUCAACCCCGGGACUGACCGAGGCGACUGGCAGUCCACCAGGGACCCCGUGGCCGUCUGCAUGAGCGUGGACCCCGGCACGGUGCAGAGCCGUUUGUCCGUACAGGCCCCCUGCCCGCUCACAGGGACCCAGGACCUGGAGCCUUGUGUAAGGACCGCGUUUGUGGUCACCAGCGUGGAUGGAACUCCAGUGGGGGAGCCGCUCAGAUACAGUCAAAGUUUCGCUCUUAGGACAACACAGGGCUUUGGUGGCCAGCUGUACCUAGUGAGUGACCACCGGACCUUCCUGAGGUGUGCCAACAGGUCGCGUCUGCAGCAGGUGAGCCUGACAGAUGAGGAGUCCUUCCUCACCUGGUGGCAGGUGGUCUACCUGGACCCACAGGAGCGCCUGGAAAACGAGAGGCUGCCCGUGCCGGCGAACACAAAGGUGCUUGUCGUCCACUGCAAGACCAACCAGUGCCUGGCUGUCCUGGGAAAUCACAGCAUGUGGACCAUCUAUGGAAAAGAGUAUGAGGUGACAGCUCACACAUUCCUGGACUCCCAUAAAGCCGAGCGGGAAAUGAACCACUGGAUAUUUGUGACUGACGUCCGUGGCACAGAGGGCCAGGGCAUCACAGACAAGCUCGAACCGACGUCCAACCUGGUACCCAAUGAGACCUCGGAGUACGAUGCCCACAAAGGCACAGACGACCAUGGGGAAGAGGAAAAGCAAAACUAAUAAUGUCUAAACUAAACUAAUAUCUAAAACUGCUCAUAGAGCAAGGUGCAGAUGGACAGUAGGUGGCGCAGUGGUUAGAGCCACUGCCUUUGGACUUGAAGUACCAGGUUUGACUGUCUAUUCCUGCUGUGGUUUCCUGAAGCACUACCCCCACCCUGAGUUGAUAGAGUAAACAUACCCUGCUGUGUAAAUCAUCAUGUUACAAUUGUAAAUCCCUUUGGAGAGUGAUUUUACUUAAAUAA